GGAGGCGGUCUCGGUGGCCUGGGAGGCGGUCUCGGAGGCUUCGGAGGAGGCCUGGGAGGUGGUCUGGGAGGAGGCAUCGGCGGCGGUGCCGUCGCGGUGACCACCGUCAACCAGGCGGUCCCCGUGCCCGUCCCCGUGCCCCAGCCGGUCACCGUCACGCGUCCGGUACCUGUGCCCGUGCCCCAGCCGUACCCCGUCUCGGUGCCCCGACCCGUCCCGGUGCCCCACCCCGUGCCCGUCCCGGUAUCCGUGCCCCGCCCCUACCCGGUAGCCGUCCCGCGUCCCGUACCCGUCAAGGUCCCCCACCCCGUGCCCGUCUCGGUGCCCCAGCCCGUGCCCGUGACUGUGCCCCAGCCCGUCCCCGUGCCCGUUCCCCAGCCCGUCCCGGUCAGUGUGCCUCAGCCCGUUGCCGUCCCGGUCGCCACCCCCGUCGUCGCUGUAGGUAGCGGCCUGGGAGGAGGCUACGGCGGCGGACUGGGAGGCGGCUACGGUGGCGGCCUGUCCCUCGGCGGAGGAUACGGAGGCGGUCUCUACGGCGGGAGGUACGGGGGCUCCAUCGGAUACGGCGGAGGCUAUGGGUGA